CACCCAGACCAACAACUCUCAUUCACCGGCAAACUAGAAACUAAAACCGAAGUCUCUUAGAUUAACCAGCUCUUGAAUUUUAACAUUUCGCUGGUUGGACAGUUUGACAUAGAAAAGUAUUUUCUGAACUGAAGUGGCGGGAUUGUUGUUCUGCAACAAAUGGAUACAGAAUUGAGGACUUUAUAAAAAAAAUCAAACUCAUUUAUGAUGCGAUCUUGUGACGCUCGCCUGGUACUGGCUCGGUUUCGGUAUUAUGGAUGAAAGAGAUAGAGAAGCGCUCAUCGGGAGCAAGACUGAAAGUGAUCGGGCUCCCCUGAGCGAUGGAGGAGGACACAUUGCUGCUAAAUUCACGCUUUACAAAAGGAGAUGGUUCAUCUUAUUUGUACUCUGCCUACUAAAUUGUUCCAACGCAGUGCUCUGGCUGACCUUUGCACCGGUGGCCGAUCAGACGGCAGAGUACCUGAAAGUCUCUUUGGAUCUUGUCAACUGGCUGUCCCUUGUCUAUAUGGUGGUGGCCAUUUUCUUCAGCUUCAUUACUACAUGGAUGUUGGACUCACUAGGUCUGCGUUUCUCGCUCAUCCUGGGCUCUUGGCUUAACAUGUUGGGCAGCGUUCUGCGUGUUGUUGGUGUCCUGAGCUGGAUCCCUCAAUGGGCCGUGUUUCCUAUGGUAAUGGGUGGCCAGACUCUGUGUGCCCUCGCCCAGCCUCUGGUUAUUUUUGCACCCACCAAACUGGCAGCACUGUGGUUUCCAGAUGACCAGAGGGCCACGGCGAACACGAUUGCCUCAAUGGCGAAUCCUCUCGGAAUGCUUUUUGCGAAUAUCUUCUCUCCCAUGAUAAUUCACUACAGCAGUAAUCUUCUUAUGCUGCUUAUUAUAUAUGCCAUACCUGCCACCAUUGCCUGUUUCCUAGCAACAGUGGGAAUUCGUGAACGUGUCCCCCCGACACCCCCCUCCGCCAGCGUGGUGACCUCCAGCACUGAACCUUUUCUUCAGGGUGUAAAACUGCUACUGAAGAACAAAGCGUACAUGAUCCUGCUGGUGUGUUUCGGGUCGGGGAUAGGAGUUUUCACUUGCUUUUACACGUUACUCGAGCAGAUUCUUUGCAUUAACGGCUACUCAAAUGACUUUGCAGGAGUGUGCGGUGCUUGUUCGAUUGUAUUUGGUGUUGCGGGCGCUGGCGUUCUUGGCCUGUAUGUGGACAAGACGAAACAUUUUACAGAAGUCACUAAAAUCAGCAUGUGCCUGACAUCGCUGGGCUGCAUCGCAUUUGCUGUGGUUUCCCAGCUCAGGGACAUGAAGGUUGCCGUCGGUACUGCGUGCGCGUGGUUCGGCCUGUUUGGGUGCUCCGUGUAUCCCAUCGCCAUGGAGCUUGGAGUCGAGUGUUCGUACCCUGUGGGUGAAGCAACAUCAUCUGGAUUGAUCUUCAUAUCUGGACAGAUUCAGUCUGUCAUCUAUAUGGUGCUUCUUCAAGCUCUGACCAAACCUCUGACAGAUUCGACAGUAUCUGUAUGUGUUACUGGAGGGGAGGCCGACCUGAACUGGACAGUGCCAGCGCUGGUGAUGGCAGGCCUGUGUACUGUGGGCACCUGCUGCUUUGUGCUCUUUUUCCACACGGAUUACCGGAGACUGAGAGCAGAAGCUGCGGCAUCACCAAAGAAUGUGACGGACCGGACAAGAGAAGGAGACACCUGAGCAAACAGCACAGGUGCCUGAAGAGAUCCACCGGGCCAUGCUUUCAAUUGUUUACAUGAAAGUUAAUAACUAGAACCUCAUUAAGCACUUAAAUUUGUGCCUUUAAUGGUAAUGUUUUUUGUAUUAUUAAUACUCUAUAUAAUUUGAGCUUGAAAUCAGGACCAUCAUGAUGGUUUGUUACAUACAAAUGAAUUUUGCACAAGUUUUUGACAUUUCAGUUAAAGGUAGUGGUGAGCGGGGUACAAACUAAUGCAGGGUUAAUUGUAACACUGCUACUUUACAUAUUUAUUUUUUCUCUUACUGUAAGAUGAUCUCCUGUGGAUUUGUGAAAAGUUUGAUGUGUUUUGGUUAAUAUAAUGUAAAUAUUAUUCAUCAAAAUGCAUCCUUUAAAAAAUAUAUAUUUCUAUGCAUUGUUGCUUAAUACAAGGAUGGUGAGAUGAAGGAUCAUGGAUGAAUAAAUGUGUGGAUAUCUAUCUAUUAUAGGCAGAUAUAUAAACAAUAUCCACCUUUAGUAUAUAGACAGAUUUAUUAUUUGUGUUGAAACAAAAUUUUCUAGCAGGUGUUACAACAAACCCUCUGUUUGUUACAAUGAACCCCACCUGUGGGGUAAGUUGUCACAUUCGCACUUCUUUCACUUUCAUUGUAAUUGUACAAUAACGGUAGGUCAAACAAACUUUAAGUGUUCAUUUGUAGCAGAGAUGUGUGUGUUGAUUGUGUAAAAAAUUAUUAAUCUAACUUUAAUAUUUUUUUAAUCAUGAGCCAAGGCGAAAAAGCGUUACUUGGUGCCCCGCUCUCCCCUAAAUUAUGUUGUUUUAUACCAGAGCAUUUACACCAAAAGGUACAAACUUUUAACCAAGUACAAUUUUUUAUGCCUUUUUAUAUCUAAAUAGUAUCUUUCUUGCUUUUAAAAAUGACAAUUAAUUGGGGUUUUGGUACCUGUUAUUUAAGUUUUAUUUAUAAUGCUGUUGAUUUUAUGAAACUGACAAAAACAUGGAAGUUAGGUUCAAUAGUACAUCAAAUUUAUAAUGGAAAUAGUUUUAAGUUGUUGUGUUUUAAAGCAUCGUAACAUAAAUAAGAAUUAAAUUCUAUAUGAAACAUUCUUGUAUUCGUUUUAUUUUCUUUUAAGGGGGUACUUUUUGCUAAUCACAUUAACCAAAAAAUAUGUGCUUCUGAACCACAAAACCACAAGCAGCACAGGUAUAUUUGUGACGGUAAUAGCCAACAAAACAUUGUAUGGGUCAAAAUUACUAAAAGGUUUUAAUGCCAAAAAUUAUUAGGAUAUUAAAGGAAAGUUUUGUAAAAAUCUUGUAAAUUUCCUACACUCAAAAAAAUUAUUAAUUGGAUUAAGUCAAUAAAAUUGUGGGCAGGAUUUCCAUCCAAUAUGAAUGUGUACCCGUAACUCAUAAAAACUGCUUUACACAAUAAAAAUAUAU